GUGGCCUCCAGGAAGGGGCUUCUCAGCAGUCCCCGUGCACAGUCUGCGUCCCGCAGGGGAGGAACGGGAGAGUGGGGCAGCCCAGGCCCACACACAGCGCAGCACGGGCAGGCUCCCAGCGGCUCCCCAGGAGGCCCCCACCCUGUCCUGGAUGGUCGGCGUGGAGCUCUGGAGGGCAGGGGCCUCCAGAGGAUAGGGUGUGAGGUGAUGGUGGGAAGGCUUCUCUGAAGAGGUAGCGCCUGUGCGGGUGGGACAGCCUCGUGGACGUUGGCAGGAACAGCAUCCCAGGCAGAGGGAACAGCCAGGACGAAGCCCCGAGGUGGGAGGGAGGGCAGCCGGCAGCCAGUGGGCGAGCGCAGGGCUGGCGGGACAGGCAGGCCCGGCGGGAGGACUGCAGCUGUGCUUUUCUUUGAAAUCCUCUCAACAAGGCCCCCGGAAUGUGGAUGACGACUCACGGCUGAAGGUGCCUGGGCAGUGGUCUGCAGCUGGAGGGCCCGUGAGGCCAGGCUCCUGGAGCUGUGUGGCCUGGGCCCGGGUCCUUGGGGUCCAGAUGGGGGGCAGUGGGCUGGCCGGCCCACACUACUGGGCUGAGGCCUCAAGGCCAGGGCAGAGCCACACAGGUGGACGGGACGCCCCAAGGCCAACCACAACGACUUCCUCUCCCCCACCCAGCCCCUGGAGUCAAGGAGGGAAAUGACCAUCCCUGGCCCAGUGCCUGGCCUGGGGGCCAGUGUGAGGCCCAUUGUUUGAGGCUGGAGCUGGGGGGUCCAGGGCCUCCGGGAAGCCCCCGGCAAUGUCCUUUGUCCCACUUCCCACAAAUCCAGAGGCCCAGCGAGGAGCCGGGUGAGCAGACGUGGCAGCUCCGGCAGGAUGAAGGUGCUGGUGGCUGUCCUGCUGGCUCUGCUGCUGUGCGGGCAGCAAGCCUCAGUUUCCUCUUCUGUGAAAUGGACAGGCCAUCCUGACGGCUACGGGCCAGCUGCUGUAAAGGGCCAGCACACACCCCCUAGUGUUGCCGGCAGAGGGCGGAUGCAGGAGGUCGAGGAUGAUGACUUGGACGCUGGACCUGAAGGCUAUGACGAGGACGACGACGAGGAGGACGACGAGGCCAGCGUGACUGCAGGCAGCAGAGGCACAGUGCAGCUGCGGUGCUACUCCUGCCAGUCCCUGCACCGGGAUGAGAGCUGCAGACAGAUGCAGAGCUGCAUCCUCCCCAAGACCUGCAAAACCAUCAUCUCCCACUGGAAUACUGAGUCAGGUCCCCGGACCACCUACUCGGGGUGGUGUGCAGACACAUGUCAACCCAUCAGCAGGACGGUGGAUGGAUCCCUGACGACCAUAUCCUGCUGCCAGGCCAGCCUGUGCAACAUCCCGCCCUGGCAGGACCCCCAGGGAAGCGGGGCAGGUGGCCCCCAGGGUAGACCCUCAACCGUGGCCACCGCCCUCCUGUUCAGCCUCCUCGCCAGCCUUCAGGCAAUGGUGUUCUGAGUGUGUGUGGGGGGUGUCCCACCCCCACCCCCACCCCCACCCCCAGCCCGGCUUAUACCCUGGCUGGUCAGCACUCUGCCCACUGUCUUCCCCUCCCUUCCCCUCCCCUGCCCCCACCCCAGCUUUGGAGAAUAAACUGGAAGCGUCUGUAAUGAUCCGGCCAGCACUGGUUCCUCACAGCCACGUCUACCUUUCCUCAGUGUCCCCAUCUAGCACCCUGGCCUCCUCUCCCUGCCUGUGUGUGGCACGAUGGCCAGCACGUGGGCCUUAGGUCCAGGCCUCAGCUGCUCACAGGAUGGGUCCACCCAGCUCCCGCCCCUGGCAGAGAAAACACUCACCAUGUGCCUGGGGGGAGACCACCCCAACUUGCUCCCCAACUUCCCACCAACAAAACACCCCCAUCCAUGUGAUGGGCAGCCCAUCUGGGGGAGGAGACUUUGGGAGGAAGGCUUCCUUGGCCCAUAGGAGGAAGGGCCCUCCACCCCGGGAGGCUGCUGGGGUUUGAGGGUGGAGUUGAUGAGGGGCUGGAAGAAGAAGAGAAAAGAGAGGGAGGCUGGAGGGGUGGUUGAGAUGGGACUUUGCAGCCGACCACUCAGCCUGGUGGGUGCCGGGGGCAUAGGGGCAGUGAACGGGGUGGUCAGGCCACCAGUAUCAGGGAGGGGUGACAUGGCCUCUGGGCUCCUGAGGAGAAGAGGAGGGGAGCAGUGGGAGGGGGCCGGGUAGGAGAACCUCGGCUUCCCCAGUGUCUGCUCUGGCUAGGCUGGUGUCAUUUGCUGCUGGGCACUUGGCCUUCUUGACUGGUGACAGGACAGAGCCCUGGAGUGGGAAGGAGGAGGCCUGGGCCUGGGCCUCAGUUUCCCCAUCAGAGCAGUACAGAACAAGGCUUAGAGGACCCCUGAUCCCCACCAGCUCAACAUCCCCUGGGCUGGGAAGCCCAGAACUCUAUCCUGCCUGUCAAGUAUCCCAGCAGGCAGAAUAGUCUCCCACUUUCCAUUCUCCCCUUUCCUUACUAAUGGAAACAUCAAGGCCUAGCUGAGGAUGGGGGGAAAAUCCCAUAGGUAGAGAUAGCAUAUCUUUCUCUUCUCCUUCCUCCUUCCUGUGGCUGGAAUGAUGGCUGGAGCACAGCAGCCACCUUGCACCAUGAGGCAGCAUACUGGGAAUGGCAGGGCAGCAUGGAGGAAGGGGCCUGGACCCAUUACACCAGCCUUGCACUGCCUAGCUCAGGACCCCUUUACCUGGGAGGGAAAUAAACCUCUGCCAUCUUGAAGCUA